GUUUGUUUUUAUCAAAUGUGUUGCUCUGGGGAAACAUACUCCUUACUAACCCGUGUUCCCUCUGUCCUCCCGUCCCUCCCAGAUGUCGACCUGUCCGGUAACGACCUGUCCCGCGUCCCCGAGUGUCUCUACACUCUGGGCAGUUUGAAGAGACUGAACCUGAGCAGCAAUCAGAUCACAGAGCUGUCCCUCUGCAUCGACCAGUGGACGCAGCUGGAGACGCUCAACCUGAGCCGCAACCAGCUCACCUCCCUGCCCUCUGCAAUCUGUAAGCUGUCCAAACUGAAGAAGCUGUACGUGAACUCCAACAAACUGGACUUUGACGGGGUGCCUCCGGGCGUGGGCAAACUGUCCAGCCUCACAGAGUUCAUGGCUGCCAACAACAACCUGGAACUGAUCCCAGAGGGGCUCUGCAGGUCCUCUCGGUUUGUUGGGUUUCCUCUCUAUCGCUGA